UCAAGUCGUGUUAUUUCAGAGUUCUUAUGUGUUUUUAAAGUGUAUACAAAUAUUUUACAAGUUUUAUAAAAAUCAAAUUAUUUAUUUUACUUUAAUGAACACCAUAGUUCAUUUUUUCACCACUAGUUCCGAUAUUAGCGCAUACGUUAAUAUUCGCUUAGAUAAAACUAUUUCACACUGUUAUUUAAAGUACAAUAUAUUUUUCUAUAAUUCAUUACCCAUCUAUUCGUUGAAGGUAAAGUCUUGUUUCGCGAGUUCGACUAGUGUUCUUCAGUUUUCAUCAGACGUAAUCAUGUUCCCCUGUAGUAUAUGUGGUAAAACCUUUACUCGAAUCAGUAGUUUACACAGACAUGCCAAGUCACAUGAUGUUUCCAAAAAGAUUUCAUGCAAUAUAUGCUCAGAAAUAUUCACGCGAAAAGAUAACCUCAUCAGACAUACCAAGGAUAAACACCCUUCAAAUAUUGUAGUUCAACAACAACCAACCAUAACCAAGCAAGAAAUUCAAGAUUUUUUUACACCAGCUGAACACAUUUACGAUUAUAAUGUUCAAUCUCGCAAUGGUCAUAAGCGCUCAUAUCAUACGGAAAAUUCGAAUGAAGCAGCAAAUGCUAAAAAGACACGCAUGAGAAUCGUCAAGACACGAGGGUUCAUUAAGACAGGCACAUCGUUGUCGAAUAAAAUCAAUUGGUAUUACGUGAAAAAUACAGAUAACUUGACCAACUACAGAACAUUUUUAGAAUCAACAAAAAAAGACUUAAUAGAACUACUCAAGUCACUAUCAGCAAAACAACCAAUUAAAUAUAAUCUUAAAUUAGAAGCAACAUAUGAACGCCCGAACGUAGAAAAUUCAGCAGAGAAUAGAGCAUUUAAGACCUCAGCUAAGGAAAUGUUUAUAGAUACAGAUAUUGAAGCUAAAAUUAAUCAAGAUUUUGUCAACCUUUUGCUUGAAGAAGAAAUGUAUACUUCUAAAGGAAGUGGAUUUACACUACAAUCAAUAGAUGGUUUACUGUUAGGAGUAUAUAGUUAUUUCCCUAUGGGUGGUUCGUCUUAUAUUACACUUCCAGAGGACAUAAAAAAUAAAAAAGCAAUUAUCAAUCCCCAAAACUCAGACCAACAGUGCUUCAAGUGGGCAAUCAUAGCGAGACACGUUUCGGGUAAUGCCAAAAAUCAAGUGGCUGAAAAUUAUACAUCGCUCGAGGACAAAUAUAAUUUUUCUGGUUUAACAUUCCCAACACCUGUGAGGGAAAUAAAAACAUUUGAAAAAAAUAAUCCGAAAAUAUCAGUCAACGUUUAUGGAUUAAAAAAAGAAAAGAAUAAGAAACAUAUUGUUUAUCCACUUAAGGUUGCGGAUGAAGAAAAAAAAUAUCAUUUUGAUCUCUUACUAAUUACUGAUGGUAAUAAAAGCCACUACACCUACAUUUCUAACCUUUCGAGGCUUGUGAGAUCACAAAAAACAUUACACGCCGAAAAUGUUGUAUUUUGCAAACGAUGUUUUACCAGUUUUGACAAUAUACAUACAAAAUAUAAGUUAAAAGGUCAGGCGGGACUUGAACAACACAAGUUGAUAUGUGGAGCACAUAAGCCAAUUCUGCCUAAGAUGCCUGAGCCCGGUACAUUGUUAGAGUUCGAUGGGUGGAGUAACACUGAAAGACAUCCGUUCGCGAUAUAUGCCGAUUUCGAGGCACUCCUUGUUAAAUGCGAAGAAAAAAAAGGCAAAAAAACAGCAGCUUUUCAAAAGCACGAGCCAAUGAGCUAUGGAGUUUUCGUAAAGGCUUCAGAAAACGUCCCCAUUGAGUUGCUUGAGAAAUAUGACAUACCAACAUCACCUAUUAUUUAUCGUGGAAGCGAGUCACAUCAGGAUGUAGCCAAGCGUUUCGUUAAUGAAGUAACAGAGAUCGCGAGAAGAGUUCAAGAUUUACUUAAAACAAAUAAACCCAUCAUAAUGACAGAAAAAGAGCAAAUAGCACAUGUCUCGAAAAGUACAUGCAAUCUAUGUGAAUGUAAUUUUUCUAUCAAAAACCAAAAGGUGGCAGAUCACUGCCAUCUAUCAGGGACAUUUAGGCAAACUUUAUGCAAUACUUGCAACCUGAAACUCCAAAAACCUAACUUUAUACCGUGCUUUCUACACAAUUUGUCUAAUUACGAUGCACAUUUCAUCGUAACCGAACUCGGAAAUGACACUAAAUCAAUCUCAGUAAUUCCAAACAGUGAAGAAAAAUACAUUUCAUUUUCAAAACACGUUACCAACAACUUUUCAAUUCGAUUCAUAGACUCUUGUCGAUUCAUGGCAUCAAAGUUAUCAACACUCGCAGAAAAUUUAUUAACACCAGGGUUCAAGAAGUUCAGAGAAACCGCAAAAGCAUUCGCACCCAGAGAUAUGAAUCUCGUCACACGUAAGGGUGUAUACCCUUACGAGUUUACCGAUAGUUGGGACAAGUUAGAAGAAACGAUUUUGCCUCGGAAAGAAGAUUUUUAUAGCACAUUAACGGAAGAACAUAUAGACGAUGAGGAAUACGAACACGCAGUCACAGUAUGGAACCAUUUCAAAUGCAAAACCCUAGGAGAAUAUAGCGAUUUGUAUCUAAAAAUUGACGUGCUGCUGUUGGCUGACGUGUUUGAAAAUUUCAGAGACAUGUGCAUUUCUACAUACAAUUUAGACCCUGUUUACUACUUUACAGCUCCAGGUUUUAGUUUUGACUGUAUGUUGAAAUAUACCAAAGUCAAACUAGAAUUACUCUCUGAUUUUGACACCCACUUAUUUUUCGAAAAUUCAAUCCGCGGCGGCCUCACACAAGCAAGUAUGAGGUACGCUAAAGCUAAUAAUGAAAAAACCCAAGAUUAUGACCCAACAAAGUCAAAAUCGUGGAUAGUUUACCAAGAUUGUAACAAUUUGUACGGGUGGGCAAUGUCACAGCACAUGCCAUACGGUGACUUUAAAUGGGUGGAGCCUAAGUUAGAUGGAUUAGAUGCUUUGACGCCGACGUCAGAUAUAGGCAGAGUAACAAAAUUCCUCCUGGUUCAAAAGUGA